AAUUUUAUCGGUAAUCAUUUUUCAGGAUCUGAAAACAGCAUGUAUACGUAAGAGGAACAUCUGUUCCAAAGAGACAGUGAGAGAAAGCUUUGAAAAUUCUAAAUUAAAGAAAAAGAUGUCUCUAAACAUUUUUACUGUAAGCACAAGGGCAUUUUUUGACAAAACAUUACGCCUGGAACACAGUGACACAGAAAUCCCAAAGCUGCAGGAUGUUUUGAAGAAUAUUAACAACAGCAUCAACAAAGACCUGGCCAGAGAUUAUGUCAAUGAAGCGAAGGGAAUUUUGUCCUUGAUCAAAAGUGUGCAGUCGGAGACAGGCAAUGUGGUUCAGACAGGGGUCCACAAAAAAUUGGAGCAGAACCUAUGUAAGGCACUGGAGAAGUUAGGUUGGCAGUUUGACAUGCUUUGUUGUGUUCUGGAAAAGUGUCUCUCAGAUGGAGUGGAAGAGUCAGAGAGAUCAUGUCUUACCAGUGCAUGUUCCAUUAUAUCACCUAAUUUACCUCACGGCAAAGGAGGAUUCCAUAAAAUCCUCAAGGCGUUGUGUACAAAUGAUGGCUACCAUUGGUCAAAUGCAUGGGGUAUAGACUUGGAUCUAAACAUGGUAUUGGCCCAAAACAUGCACAAAAACUUUGAGGAGGAGUUUGAUUCCAUUUUUCCAGUCUAUUAUAAAACAGGAAAAUCAGUGCAAGAACAAAUUGAAAAAUUCAGUAUCAUCCAAAGUGACUCUGAGCACCCCAGAGCUUCAAUGUUUUAUCACAUUGACAACUUCAUCAAAAGAGAGGUGAGCAGUAUUACCAGAUCUUAGGAAAACAAGAAAUCA